CUCGUGACGUCACUCACCCGGAAGUGGUGCUGAUCUGCCGGUUUCUGGAAGUCGCGGCUCAUCGAUGGUAGCGCAGUCUUCAGGGCGCACGAGAGAUGUUGCUGCUGGUGCUGCUCGCCCUCCUCCUGCUCUUCUGCAGCCUGGACGUGUGGUACUUCCUGCGGGGGGCCCAGGUCUUCGUGCAGACCCUGUUCCAGCCCAGGAUAUGGGACAUCCUGGCCGAGCAGAGCUUCGACGGCAUGGUGCUGCCCCACGACCUGGACUACAUGGGCCACAUGAAUAACUCCCGCUACCUGCGGGAGUGUGACUUUGCCCGCUUCCACCAUUGCAUGAGAAACGGCCUGUUCAUGGGCUCGCGCAAACUGGGCGCCAGGAUGGUGGUGGGCGCCUCCACGAUCCGCUACCGCCGCUCCCUGGCGUUCCGCGAGGCUUUCGAGAUCCGGACAAAAGUGGUGGGCUGGGACGACAAGGCGUUUUACCUAGAGCAGCGCUUCGUGUCCAAGAGGGACGGCUUUGUGUCCGCCGUCAUGCUCUGCAGGCAGAACGUGGUGCGCAGCAGCCCAGAGACCCUCAUCGAGUUCAUCUGCAAGAAAAAGAUUGAGUGCCCCGAGUUUCCUGAGGACCUCAAACACUGGAUCAGCUACAUUUCAGCCAGCAGCCAGGCUCUGAGAGCGGAGAGCGGACUGGAGGACAAGAACAAGUGAAGGAACAUAUCAGAGCACUGCACCUCCACAUACAGUAGCUACACACACACACACACACACACACACACACAAGCCACACAGUUUGGUUGACGAUGUCAGUUGACUUCCAGAUUUCCACAUUUACGUCUCGUUCGGCAUCGAUCUGCGCAGCUGCGUGUUUUCACGAUAGAGAAGCUCAUUAUGAAAACUUGAAUCUCAUAGUCUAAAAUCCACUGUUUGCAUCGCCAUCGCAAUUUAACCGGGGAAAACAACUCGGUUUAAUCGUCUUCGUGUGACGCAUCUUCAUUGUCAGUUAGCUCGAGAACAGCAUGUAGCUUGAUGUGGGGUGUAACGGAAAAACCUCGGUUCACAAACUAAAACGUAUCGAAGUUAAGAUCUGGACUUCCUGCAGGAUUUAAAACUGAAAUAUUUCCAGUGGUUUAAAACUAUAUUUUAAAAAAGGGAUUAUAUCUUGUGAACCACUGCACCCCGAAGCUUUAUCUUCUACUAGCAUCGAUGCAUGUUAUGAAACAAAGAGCCCAAGUAUUUAUUUUGUGCCUGUUUCUCGUAGAUUAGGGAGUUAUUGCGUUUAAUAUUCACUUGUGAUGAACUACUGACAUCAGUUUGACUCUUUCCAUCAGUAUUAUUUGCACAAACGAGCGAAAAAAAUCAAACUCUUCGAAACACUCCUGAAGGGAACCCAUCCUCACGACGGUUUCGGUCUCCAGGACCUCGUGCAUGUGGUUUUAAAAGAGCAAAAUGCUUGAGUUCUGACCGACGGGAAGUUGCUGGCAACUUUUGGACCUCUGCCUACGCACAGCGAACGUCCGACCAGCGUUCGGAAACAUCUGCGACCUUAUCGUCUGCGCUUCAGUUUGCGACCAAAGUAAUGUAUUGUUGAGUGUGUUUUUGGAGGAGAGAUUGUUUAUAUUCAACUGACCACUGAAUCUUGAAGGAUGUGAUUGAAAUUAUGCAUUGUCUCUUUAUAUUCCAUUUAUUAUUUAUAAUUUAUUGAAUUAUAUCCACGCACUGAAGUUUAUUUAUUGUGUCAAUGCAUUUUGAAUUAAAAAUGCUCUGGAAACGG